CCUUAAAGUGCUGCAGCCGGCACUCGGUUUUUGGCCCAGCCGUUGUUUCGCACCAUAUCUCUAGCCCGAACAGAAAACAGUCACACAAUACAGAAUUUCAGGCCAGCAAUGUGCGACAAUGGGGCUUUACACCAAGUUGCCCAGUGAACUCAAGGAGGUGAACGUCAUCAUUGUCGGAGGCAGAACCGCCGGAUGUGUCGUUGCUGCAAGACUGGCCGACGCCAGCAAAGACCUGUCCGUCUUGGUCAUUGAAGGCGGCCCCAAUAAUGCUCGCCGACCAUUUACAUCCCUGCCCUUGCCAUGGCCUGCCCUUGCCAUGGCCAACCUCUCACCCGCUACCAAGACCAACAUCUUUUACCAGAGAACAAGGCCAAGGAGCUCGCCGGCAGAGCGCCCGUUGUCUCCUCUGGUGGCGUCCUCGGCGGCGGAUCGCUGACUAACCUGGUGAUGUACAGCCGUGCGCAGCGCUCAGAGUUUGACUCGUGGAAAACCCCCGGCUGGUCGGCUGAGGACAUGCUGCCUUACCUGCGAAAGUCCAAUCUGACUUGCAGCUCGAAACCUAUCACGGCCCAGGCCCGAAAGACCGCCACAGCCAUGAUGGCCCCAUCCACGUCGACUUUCACCGUGCACCCAUACUCGCGCGGGCACAUUCACAUCACGGGCCCGGAGCUGGGUGGUGCGAUCGACUUUGAGACGGGCUUCUUCUCAGACCCGCGCGGCCUUGACAUCAGGAAGCAGGUGUGGGCGUACAAGAAGCAGCGCGAAGUGGUCCGGCGGAUGGCGGCCUACCGCGGCGAGGUCGCGGGCGGACACCCGCCGUUUGCUGCUGCGUCGGGCGCCGCGUGCGUCGAGAAAGACGGCCCGCUGGCGGGUGACGUGCAGGAUAUCAAGUACACGGCUACCGACGACGCCGUUAUCGAGCAGUUGCUGCGCGAGAGCGUCGGCACCACCUGGCCUUCGCUGGGUACCUGCAAGAUGGGGCCGUAUGAGAAGUGCGGUGUCGUGGACGCUAGGCUCGGGGUUUACGGGAUUGAGGGGCUGAAGAUUGCCGACUUGAGCGUCUUGCCGGGCAAUGUUACUGCCAACACCAACAAUACCGCCCUUACCGUUGGCGAGAAGGCUGCCGAUAUUUUUAUCGAGGAGCUUGGUCUUGGGAGGGUGGUAGUGGCUGCAGUGUAAC